CGGGGGCAUGGCAGGAUGGUCCCCCAUUGGAUAUAGACUCUCAGGCACAAACAAUGGUCAGACCGGACGCAGGGAAGCAAGCCCAUUUAAACUCUCCCCCCUCUUUCACACCAGCUCCACCGACUCGCACCUUCACCCGACCUCUUCUCCCACUUCUCCUCCUUCGCCAUUCACCCCUCUCCCUCCUCUCCCUCCUCUCCCUCCUUUCCCCCCUCCUCUUUUCUCAUGUCAUGAACCAAACUCCCAACCCACUCGAAAUCCCAGAGAUCCUCUCCAGAGUCGGACUCUACAUUCCUCUGUGGGACUACAGCUGCCAGCGCCGACGCCCACACUUCACACCACGCCAUCUCCUCAACUGCAUCCUCGUCAACCGGACCUGGCACGACAUCCUCCUCCCGAUUCUCUGGUUCACCCUUGACGACAUCUCCAUACCCACGCCCGUCGACCUCCUCCACGUCCUCACCCGCCACAGCUCCCAUCUCCGCAUCCUCGAACUCGGUCACAUCCCACCUUCUAUAUUCCAUACCCCAUUCUCAUGUCUACCCCACAACCUACUCCACCUGGAGCUCAUAGGGCUCGAACACAACGAAUGGUCAAAGUCAUUGAUUCUACAGAACACGAGGCUGCAAAGUCUCCAUUGGCAAGGCGGGGACUUUCAUCGGGACGACUACGGGACCUUGGACGCAUUGGCGCUUUCAAGACGACUGGGGAGGUUACAAGAUCUGCACCUGGAGUGUUGGAAGCUGGACAGGCAUUUUAUGAAGCUACUGAGGCGGAAUCCAGGGUUGAGGAGGCUGGCGUUGGAUUUUGUUACGGGCGAGAUCAUCCAUCGACCACCCCAGACUCGAACAGGUGACGAUGGCUUCAAGGCGUCAAGCGCGAGGAAGCAACAUAGCGAACGAUACCCAGAUCAUGACAGGACGAGUCAUGGAGGACAGAAAGAAGAAGAAGAAAAAGAAGGACAGGAGGAGAAGGAGAAUAAGGAAACAGAGGAUGAGGAAACAGAGGAUGAGGAGAUAUCGCUACCAGAUCUCACCAGCCUGACAGUGUGCAAGGAUGUGGAAAGCGGAGCCCUGGAGGCCCUCGUACGACUGUGUCCUAAUCUGCAGGAGCUCUCAUGGAUGGGAUCAAAGGACAGCGACCUGAGACAACUCACGACGAACGUUCGCGAAUGCUGUCCUUUCCUCUCGGUACUGACGUAUUCGACCGUCGAGAUAUCUGAGGACGAGUCCGUGUACGUGGAUCUGAUCCAGAGCGUACCCCGACUGGUAGAGCUGCAGAUCCGGAUCCCGGCGCUUGGGGACCGAUUCACAGAGGCAUUGAUCAAGCACGCCGAGACACUCGAGAUCCUGGACCUCAGGAUACUGAAUCACCACGCCCUCAGCAACGCGAAUUUGAAGCGGAUCCUGAUGAGUUGUCAUCAGAUCACGGCACUAUCGAUCGACGGGUCCCAGUGCGGGGCUGAGGAUCUGUUUUCGUUCGAUUGGGCAUGCGUACGGCUGAAUCGGUUAUUCCUGGCGGGUCUACAUACGAUGACGAGGGGACAAUUAAAGGAAGCCGACAACGGAACGGUGGCAGCGGUCUAUGGGUGGAGCAUUGGGCCGGAGGCCAGGAAUGCUGGAAUUCAUCUUGGGAGCGGUACUACGAACGCGUCCGUGGGGGAGAUCACAGGAAUGAAUGUGAUACAGACGAGCGAUGGAUUGUAUUUCUCGCCCGACUUGUCAACAGAAUUACAGAGGUCUGCCCAUAAGGUGUCGACAACGUUCCUACGGCGGUUGCUUUCACAUUUGCAGCGUCUGGUGCAUCUGCAUUCGUUUGUCCUGAACGGGGUCGAGUACACGCGGCAGUCCUACUCGAGUGGUGUGAUCUGUGAAUAAUAAUAAAAAAAGAAAAAAGAAAAAAAAGAAAAAGAAAAAGAAAAGGAUAGAUUUACUGCAA